UUCCACUAAUUACAUACUAUUUACCCAUACUCUUUAGUAGGUUAGUAUGCAGUGGACUCUCUGAGCGCGAGCGCAUCUGACGCGGGUUUCAACGCAAACAAAACGCAAGGUCUACUUUCUACAAACGUGAUUGCUCAGCUCUUAUACAGACUUCAGGUUGUUUAUUGCAUUUUAAGAGAGAAACAAGUGGAAUGUUGCUUUAAAGGAAAAAAAUAUAUAUAUAUUUAGCUGACAGAAGCAUCUGACGCACUGAGGCUGUGCAGAUGAGCGCUCAGUUAUUCGCCGCUGCUCCUGUUCAGUUUGGACAUGCACACGCGUGAACGACUUUAAAUACAUACGCUUGAGACUCCAGCAGCCAUGUGUUCAUGCAGCCCCCUGGGCUCUGUAGUCUUCCUUCUUAUUAUUAGCAGGAUCAUACAGGUUUCAAACUCCAGUGCUGAGGAGGUCCUACCACCUACCAUUCAGAAACUGAUGAAGGGCUACAACAAGUACCUGAGGCCUUUCUUCGGGAAUGGUCCUGUUACUGUUGGCAUGAGUUUGGACAUCGCCAGCAUAGAUACUAUAUCAGAGAUCAACAUGGACUACACAGCAACUAUCUUCUUGCGGCAGCGCUGGACAGAUGAGCGUCUGUGCUUUGAUGGCAAUAAGAGCCUGAGUUUGGACGGCAGGCUGGUGGAGCUUCUCUGGGUUCCUGACACGUUCAUUGUGGACUCCAAAAAAUCCUUUCUGCAUGACAUCACUGUGGAGAACAGACUGAUCAGGAUAUUCCCAAACGGCACCGUGCUUUAUGCUCUGAGAAUCACCACCACAGUGGCCUGCAGUAUGGACCUGACCAAGUAUCCCAUGGACAAACAAACUUGCACACUUCAGCUAGAAAGCUGGGGUUAUAAUGUGAAAGAUGUGGUGUUUCAUUGGACACGUGGGAACCAGUCAGUUAGUGGACUUGAUACUCUGCAGCUGGCCCAGUACACACUGGAGGACUACUAUACCUCAGAGUCUGAAGCUGUGUAUGAGACAGGCAGGUACCCAAAGCUGAUUUUCCACUUCCAGCUGAGGCGAAGCAUCCUAUACUUCAUUCUGGAGACUUAUGUGCCAUCUAGUGCCCUGGUGGUUUUGUCCUGGGUCUCCUUCUGGAUCAGCCAGUCCUCUGUCCCUGCUCGCAUUUGCAUAGGGGUGACCACAGUCCUGACAAUGACCACUCUGAUGAUGGGCGCACGCACUUCUCUGCCCAAUGCUAACUGCUUCAUUAAAGCCAUUGAUGUGUACCUGGGUAUCUGCUUCAGCUUCAUCUUUGGUGCCCUCAUAGAGUAUGCUGUGGCCCAUUUCUGUACUUUACACCAACCAAAUGCUGCCAAUGCAUAUAUGUAUGGACAGGAGAUGCAGGAACGUGAGGAUGAGAUGAAUGGGAUCGUCGCAUCCAUCGGCAGCCAGGCUCUGCGGGUACGCAGAAGGGAGGAGAUGCUGUCCCGUGCUGGCAGUACUAGCAGUCCCACUCCCAGUGACACUAAAGAGGACAAGUCGUCCUCCCAGACCAAGAGUGGCUGCACCAAGUCCCUGUCACUGCUGCGCCGCAUUGUGUGCUUCCUGAACUGUUGCCAUGUGGAAAACCCACACUACAUUGACAACUACUCACGUCUGACCUUCCCUCUGUCCUUCAUCUUCAUUAAUCUGCUCUACUGGACCUACUACCUGUACUUUUAGUGUGUGUGUUUUUAUGAGUGUGAGGGUUUCAUAUCUCUGGAAUAUGUUACAGCAAUUUGGGGAUUUAAUGCACUUUUCUCUUAGCAUGUUUUUUGCAGAUACUACAUGUGACUCAUGCAUAUAGUAUGUAACUUUUACUCGUUUUGUCCUACAGGAUGUGUGUUUAUUUGGACUGGUCAAGGUUGUAACAGUGGAUGAGUUUGGAUGAGUGUUGAUUCCCAAAGGUAUGUUUAUGUGAGAAAUAUGUGCCCUUUGUUUUCAGUAGAGCUUCACAAGACUACACAAGACUAUCCAAUGCAACUAAAAGAACGAAAGUGUGAAACAAACGUGACUAUUUUAAAUUCUACAUAUUUUAAAGCAGGAUCAAUAAUGUAAUAAUGAAUAGCAAGACCAAAGAUUUAAUUCAUUUUUAGUAUCUAUGAAUUCAAAUAUUUCAGUGCAUGUUAUUAGAUGUUAGGCAGGUAGCAUUAUAUGAAUUAUUUCAGUUAUUGUUAUUUGAACAGUCAGUGUCAUUGAGCUUUGUGAUUAUAAAUUGCUGCCUUCAAGAAAAAAAAAUCACCAAAUGAUUUUUUUCACCAAGCAUGACAGUGAAUCGAUAACAUCACUGCAGUGUUGUUUUUCUGUGUCAAUGACAUGACCAUUUAACAUUAUUUUCUUCAUCCAAAAAUACCAACAUAAUCAGGCGAAUUUCAAAAGUGAAAUGAAACUUGAAACAGUUGAAAGUUGUUAUUAUUAAUAUUAGUAUAAUAUUUUACGCACGUAUUGGUCAGCAGAAAUAGGAGCUGGGUUUUAUUUUGUGUACAUACUGAACUAUAUUUAUUCAAAGCAUCCCUCCAACUUGGUGUAUGUUCUGUAGAGAGUUGCAGGCUUAUGUUAGUUUUAUCACUAUCUUUUCUUACAUUGUCCUUUGCCCUUUUUUAUUAACUGCACAGAAUAUUCAAUUGUUUUACAGAUAUAAUGUCUUCCUACUGUACUGAAUUUUGAACCACAAAGGCAUUAUUUAUUAGCAAGAGUUUCUUAUUACUAUAAAGGUCUUUACAGAUGUUUUGCAAGUUAUAUAUUUCCAGUCAUGCAUGAGUCUUGUGCAGUGGAAAUAAGCCAUGUGGCUCCAGUAUGUUUUUCAUGCAUGGGAGAUUAUGAUGCAUCAAUUCCCACAGCUUGUGAGGAAGGGUGCAUGGUUUUGGCUGUGGGAAGUUUUACAAUAAACUAGAUCAUAAUUGU